AAUGACAUUAUUAAGCAAAUUUUCAACUGCAAAAUUAGGUUUAAAGAUAACCGUAUUAUGCACUACCACGACAAUAUGUGCUUUUUCACUAUACCUUCUCUUUAAAAAGAAGUUUGAUCCAUACGAAGAGGAUAGACUAGCAAAAGCCGCCAUGCAGUCGCAAUAUACAAGAAUUCGUAUUAAAGUAGAACAAAGGAAAUGUGGUCAUAUAAUUGGAAAAGAUGGCAUGGCAAUAAAAGCUAUUGCAAAGGAAACCGGCGUUCAACUUCACUUUGUAGACGAACAAGACGAGAGUAAAACAGAGAGAACUUUGGAAAUAUGUGGACUACGAAAUAAAGUUAUAAAAGCGGAGCUUCGAAUUCAAGAGAUUCUCAAGAGCAUCCCUGAUAUUAAGAAAAAAAUCAUCCAUGUUCCAAAAAAGAGUGUUGGAUGUAUAAUUGGAAAAGGUGGAGCAACAAUCCUUCGUAUGAAGCAAGCGACUUCCUGUAAAAUAUCAAUUCAGAAAAUUCCAGUUGAGUCUAAAUUUAACGAAAUUGAGUUAGUAGGGACUGAAGAACAAAUAGAUAAUGCCAAACGCUUAAUAUUUGACGAAGUACAAGAAGAUUCAACGAGGCGUUUUCGUCAAAUGCCCAAGGAGACUGUUAAAAAAUAUAUGAAAGUGGAAGAUAUGAUACCUACAGAAAUUCCCUAUAGAAAAGUUUUUAUAUCUGCUAUUGAUAAUCCUGGACAUUUUUGGUGUCAAUUUUUGGAUAAAGAUGACGGGCUAACGCUGGAAGACAUAAACACUAAGAUAUCCGAAUCCUUGAGUAAAGACGAUGGAGAACUACCUUGUCUGGCAAUUGGAGACAUGGUUGCAGGUAGAUUUGAGUUUGAUGAUAAAUGGUACAGAGCCCGUGUAAAUGAUAUUGCUGAUAAUAAAAUUGAUCUUUAUUUCGUGGACUAUGGAGAUUCGGAAUGGGUAAGGUUUCCGGAAGAUGUGCGUAAAUUACCUAAAGCUGUUGAAAACUGUGAAUACCAAGCUGUAGAGUGCUGCCUAGCUAAUGUUAUACCUAUAGAUGAGUGGACAGAUGAAGCAAGUCAAUUCUUCGAGGAGCUUACAGCUUGUGCUAAAUGGCAACCAAGAUAUUUGGUUGAAUAUAAGCAGAAAAGUGAAGACGGCUACAAACUAGUGUCUUUGUUUGAUUCACUUGAAGGACAGCCAAAGUGUCUAGAAAAUUAUCUUGUCCAGAGAAACUAUGCCAUCUUUAAAGACAGAUAA